GCUGGGAAAGGUGGGGAUUUGACACAUGAUGAGACAACUAUCAUUGCUGGGGCACUGGAAUUGACCGAAAAGACUGCAAAAGAUGCCAUGACCCCAAUAUCGAAGGCAUUUUCCCUUGAUCUGGACGGAACUCUUACUUUGUGGGUUUAUGGCUUGUUUUCAUUCUCUGUUGCAAAUUAUGCAUUUUGUUUUAUGCUCCAACUUUUCAAUCUCCCUCUCUUUCUCUAUUCUUGCUAUCACAGGGAAACCUUGAAUGCAAUAAUGACAAUUGGCCACAGUAGAGUUCCUGUUUACUCUGGAAAUCCAACAAAUAUUAUUGGACUUAUUCUGGUUAAAAAUCUCUUAACAGUUGACCCCGAAGAUGCAGUUCCACUGAGAAAAAUGAUGAUAAGAAAAAUUCCUAGGGUUUCAGAAGACAUGCCUCUUUAUGAUAUUCUGAAUGAAUUUCAGAAGGGUCACAGCCACAUUGCUGUUGUAUUUAAAGAUCUGAACGAGAGAAAAGAUACACCACAGAAAACUAAAGAGGAUACUCAGAAUGUGGGCAUUAAAACUGACUCACAGGAUGCUGACACAGCUGUGAUUAAGACUGAUGGAGAUAAACCGUUAAUGAAAAGUCCUUCAACUACUCCUUCCUUCAAGAAAAGGCACAGAGGUUGCUCGUUUUGCGUCUUAGAUUUGGAGAAUGCUCCUGUUCCAGAUAUCCCACCCGAUCAAGAAGCUGUUGGUGUAAUCACCAUGGAGGAUGUCAUUGAGGAACUUCUUCAGGUACAGAGUAGAAAUUUGAAUUCUUCAAUAUGCACGCAGAAUCAUGACAAGCACACAUGGGACUCGUACACAUGUUUAGAAGUCAUUAUUGGCCCUUCUCUUUUAUACAGCUACCUACAUAAAUAUCAUUGAAGUUGAUGGGACCAUAACCAUCCCUUAUGUCAUGGAGCUAACUGCGUGGACUGAAUUCUUUAUAUCUACUCUGUUAAAUUGGAGCACGUGCUUGAGAACAAAGUUUGAAGAUGGUGUUGCACAAGAUUAUGGUAUUUAAAAAUAUCGGGUCAUAACAAUCUAGUUCUGCUUUGCAGAAGAACCUUUUUAUGUUUUGAAGAAUUGGAGUGCAUUCUUGUCAAUUUAGGCCAAAAAAAGGAAAUAAAAUAGAAUUACA